AUGCUAAGUCUGACGCGCUGCCGCCACCAGGGUCUCAACAUCGACCUGUCACCGGCAAUCCCGCCUGUCCGUGCACGGCAAAGGCUCUGGGAGGAGAUCGAGAAGUCAAAGCCGACUGCCCUGGAACAGGUCACCGAUCCGCUGCAUCUGGAACACUGGCCUCUGUCAGCGACGCUGCGAUGGCUGGAGUACUUCAAUGCUUUGGAUGAGUCGCUGGCGAAGAAGGACAAGCUCAUCUCUAUGUUGAUGGAGAAGGGAGAGGAUUUGUCUCCUCCGAACUUCGAGGCUAGUGAAGAGGACAACUUCCUCACAGAGGUCUCACGCCAUGUCGGCAUGGUGAAGCAGGCGGCGUCCAGCAUCAUCGCCAACCUCUCCGAGCAGCUGGCGCAGGCCGAUGCCGAUGAACGGCCCAAGCAUCGCUGGUUUGCCAACGGGAAGGCACUCUCUGACUUCCGACCGGAGGAAUUCCAGGCCACCAAAGAGUUGGAUAUCCCGCUCGUUCAGAUGAAAGCAGGAGACCGGGUGGACCUCACUCUGAACGAGGCCGGUGGCUGGGCCUGGGUCGUCCUGGAAGACGAAGUCACCUCAGGUUGGGAGAGCUCGGGAUUCCCGACACCCUACUGGGCAAUACUGACAGCUGCAGUGCUCAUGGCCUCGGCACCGCUGCUAAGCACUCCCUCGACGUCGCGGCGGCGGAAGCCCCGAUCCGUCUUCGGGUACUGGCCAGUUUGGUCCGAGUGCAUACCCCUCAAUGAGGAAACAGGGAAGGUCGAUGGGGUCCGAGUGACGGCAAAUAUGAUUGCUGGCAGCAUCAUCGGCAUCAGACAAACCCUCACCGGCAUUGUCAGCGCGACGCUGGUGUUCACUGGGUCCAGCUUCCCUGAAGUCACGCACAUGUUCUCGUUUGGUAUAUGCAUGAUGUGGUAUUCCACGAUGGUUGGCUCGGCAUUCUAUGCGAUCUUUGGGAGGCUGCAGUACAACACAAGCGCCACGCAGGAGGUCUGUGCCAUCCUCUACGGCGCCAUGGCGCAGAGCGCCGCCGAACGGCUGCGCAGGUCCGGCCAGCCGGAGCGGAUCCCGGCGACGGUCCUUGCGCUCAUCAUGGCCGGAACCUCUCUCACGGGACUCUGCAGCGUGCUCCUGGGGAAGCUCGGUGUCGGCAAGGUGAUGCUGAGAUUUCCCAGCCCAGUGACGAGUGGUUUUCUGGGCACAAUCGGCUUCUUCCUUGUUCGGACGGCCCUGCAAAUUUCUUCUGGUGUGCAGUUCCAGUAUUUCUACCCGGUCAGCUUUGUCGACUUCUUCUCUCUGCGGAGCAUGGCCCCCGUCUCGUGCUUGCUGUGCAUGGUCAUGUUGAUUCGGACUGGCCCUGGUUUCAUCGCCAAGAUGUAUGGCCAGAACAAAGCAGUCAUGAAGCUCUCCGGGCUUGGCUGCCAGCUUUUCCCCUUGGCACUCUUCUAUGUGGUGAUUCUGAUAUGCGGCAUCCCUAUGGAAGUGCUUAGUGAGACGGGCUGGACCUUCCCCGCACAAGCAGGCAGCUCUUUCUGGGGGUUAUGGACUACCUACAGCAUCGGCGAUGCAGAUCCCAACGUCCUGCUGUCGAAUGUUUCUUCAAUGUUCAUGCUGGUCAUCAUGUCCGUGCUGUGCACGAUGACCGGUGUCUUGGGCAUAACGGGGAAGUUUGCUUCGGGUCCCGACGGAGACCCAUCUCCCAUGGACGUGGUGGACUUCGAUGCAGAGCUCACGACUGUGGGCUUCGGUUCGCUUCUCACAGGCCUUACCCACGGUGUGGUGACCUUCCAUCGCCUGGGUAGCUCCAUCCAGCUGCGUAUGGAUGGUGGUACGCACCGCUUGGCCGUCUUGACCUCAUCUGCUUUUGUGGGCAUCUUCUUCUUUACGAAUGUCCCCCUGGGCCAUUUCAUCCCCAAGUUCUUCCUCGGCGGUCUCUUCAUGGGCAGUGGGGUUAGCUUCCUCGAGAGUUCCUUCUUGUCUUUCCGCAGCCUACCGCCACUGUCGGUCCUCGGCUACCGGCUCCCUUCGCUACAGUACUGGGUGACGGUGGCUUGCAUUCUCGUGGCCGCCUUCAGCUCGCCCUUUGAGGGCAUCGGAGCCGGCUUAGCGCUGAGCCUGGUCAUCUUCCUCUACGACAGUACGCAGUCAUCCCCCGUGGACAGCAUGUCGACGGGAGACCGCACCAUGAGCCGGACACGGCGGCCUUUUUGGGAGCUCGAGGCUUUGGGCACCGAGGGGCAUCGCAUCCUCCUCCUGUAUCUCCAGGGACAGCUCUUCUUUGGCUCUGGUCAGACGCUCGCGGCGAGCCUGGUGGAGACCAUCGAGGGCGCCCGGAGGCCUUUGCCGCCAGAAUUCUGCAUCCUCAGCUUCGGGAAAGUUUCCAGCAUCGACGCCUCCGCAGCCGAGCAGCUGAAGACAGCCGUAAAGCGAGUGGCCACUCUGGGUUGCAAGGUGCUGUUUUGCCGAAUGAACGCUCAAGUCUUCGAAGCCCUGUCGGUCGGCUGCGUGGUCAAGUCUCCGGACUCCGACCUUCGUGAGCUCCUCGGGCUGAGCGACCCUUCAGAGGACGGAAGCUGGCAGGAUUCCCCGAGCCCGAGCCCCGUCAUACCGCUGAAUGAGAUGGAGGCCAACAGCCCCACUGGCAAAGGCGACUUGAACUGUUGGGCGAAGAUGAAGCCUUUCAGGCCUCUAGGACAAGAAGACUAUGAUGCUUUCGACGAUGUGACCGAUGCUUUGGAUUACACAGGAGAUCAAGUGUUGGAACGUUACCUCUACGCCAAGGACCUGGACACUUUUAUGCAGGAGUAUCGAGCGGCGUGCUCGACCGGCUCGCGCUUGGGUCAUGCGGCCUUUGAGGCCAUGAAUUUGCUUCCUUCAGGCUUCCUGAGCCAACUACAGGCCUUCUGCGUGGUCGAGCGUAGUCUCACAUCAGGAAGCCACCUUCCUGGUUCCGAUGCACUCGUCCUGAUACUUCAAGGCGCCGUCGCCAUGGUGGAGCUGCCAGAGGCCGCGGCCCGCAAGGAUGCGAGGACCGGCCAGGUCUUGGUGAAAGGUUUCCAGGGCCGCCGGGGGACGAGGCUAAUGAGACGGUACCCGCCGGGCAGCUGCGUUGGAAUUCACGAGUUCCUCCUCACUGGUUGCAAGAGACUCACACGAUCAACGACCCGCUUGGUGGUUUCAAGCAAGUUUGGUUAUUCUACGGAGGUCUGGUGCCUUAGCCGAGAAGCUUGGAAGUCGAUGUCAGAGGAUCUGCGACAGGUCCUCAGCGACUGGUGCCUGCGGCAAUUGGCCGAGGCCCUGGCAAGCGCAGUGACAGAGGUCGCCAGUGCCCUUCAGGACUUCGGCCAAGACUCGGAGGAAGCCGAGGGCAUGAGCCUGCGCUGCCUGAAGGGGGAGGAGCUUGAGGUGAUCCUGCGCCACUACAGUGGCUGGACCUUGUGCCGCAAACCGCCUGCAGAGGCAGCGGGAGGACCAGAGCUGACUCCCAAGGGCCCAACGGAGGAGGGCUGGAUGCCGGACAACUGUCUAAGCGACCACCCUCGGAACAUGCCCACGAAGCAGCAGCAUCUGAUCCUCGCUGGGCUCCAGCGCCUCUCCGCGGAGCUCAGUCAGGUCGAGGCCUCGCUCUACCGGAUUCAAACCGAGGGUGCCGAGGAGGAGGAUUCCUUGCAAACGCUCCAUGCCAAGGUGUGCGAACUGGUGGAGGAGUAUCGAAACAUCGCUGCUAUCCUUCAGGCAAAUCCGCAUCUGCUGUGCCAGGAGGCAGAUGUUUCUUCUUUCGUGGAGCCGAAGAAUGCGAACGGCCUGCCAGCGUGGGUCCGUGUGGAGGGUCGCUGCUACUACGUCUCCAAAUCGCAGAAGAAGCUCAUGAGCGUGACGAUCAAGCGUGUCAAGCCCUCAGAUGCCGGGAGUGCGGGAAGGAACCAGGUUUGCGACGUCCGCCAGCAGAUUCUAGUGACUUUCGAUUCCGAUCGCAACGCCCGAAAGGUGGAGUUCGCUGCUUUUGAGGACAUGGCCUCCUGUCCCUUGCAGCCCAAGGAGAAAUCCAAGCGAAGGAAGAGCCGUGUCAAGAAGCCUCACGACGAAUUGGCAGAAGAUCUCCGGGAUGUUAUCCAGGAUCUGGGACCGCCGGGCGCAAUCUCAGCUGCGGCGUCGUCGGACUCCGAAUCGGACAGCUACUCGUCCAGCGACUACACUUCCUCCACGGCCUCAGGAUCCGAUCGGGGCGUUGCCACUGGGCCAGAGUUCCACGAGGGAAGUGGCUCCUCGACGUCGCCUUGCUUCGGACCAGAGCAGGCGGAGGCGCGAGAGGCAGCGGAGAAGGCCAAGGAAGCCGAGGCCUGCCGCAAGGGGCUGUGCCGAUCCCGCCCCUCUGUGCCAGAGGAUGGAGGCGAAGAGGAGCUCAUGAACUUCCCGCCUGAACGCCAUAAAGUGGACAAGGGGAACGUGGCUUAUGCGACCCGAAUCACCGAUGCAGCGGCCCUCGCGUGUGCUGCAGACUGCGUCCCUGGCUCAGCUCAAGUCAUAGACGACAUGAUGUCUGGCUCGACACGAACCAAACUGAACGCCCGUGCAUUAAUCUUCGUGGUGGAUCUCAUCCUGAAGCGUGGGAUGCGCCAAAACCCGCCGCCGGAGCGCAACUAUGCAGUGAUGGCGAAAGUGAUGGUGCCACACCUGAGCAAGUGGCUCCGAGUUCUGCUUCUGACAAAGCGCUCCCCGGAGCAGCUUGAAAAAACCAGGAAAAUGAUCUCAAGAUGGUCGGACGAUGGCUACCUGCCGAUGGAUGGUGUUCUCCCACUGAUCGAGCUGAUGGAUGGCGGCUUGCCUCCUGUUUCCGAAGACUCCCAGCAAUCCCAACAGUCUCUGGACUUCUCGCAGUCGCAGCCUUUGCCUUGGAGCUCGCCCCAACGCAAGGAAGAGCUCCGUCCUGGAGCAGGCCCGUCUGCGCCUGUGCCCGACACCAAGCAGCCGCAGCCUGCGCCGGCGGCCCCGGCAGCCCCGGCACCGCCGCCAGCGACGCAGAGUCGGGAGGAGCCUCCCUCGAAGCGCGUGAAGCGCCUCUCCAGUUCGGAGCUCCCGAGCCGCGAGGCGGAGGCGCAGCAAGCCCAAGAGCUCACCCCGACGCGGAGGCUGGUGCUGCCGAGCGCGCAGAAGGACAAGAAGGCCGCGCCCGGGCGGCGCUCCCUCACCACUGCAGAGUUUAUCGGGUGUCCGACGACUGCCAGUGCCGCCCAAACGGCGAAGCCGGCUCCUUUGGCGACCAACGGUGCCAACAGCGAGCCGUCUGCUGAAAAGCCACAGCUGCAGCCUGUGGCCGAAGCCACCGGGAAAAAUGAGGCGCCUGCGGCGCAGGAUCAGGCAAAAGACCAGGAGCUCGUCCGUCGCAAGAUUUCCAUCUCCUGGCGAGUGCGGGGUGACUGUCGCUGCCUCUUCCGCGCCGUGAUGCGGGCUUUCUCUCUCGAUCCGCUCAACCGAAAGCAACGAGAUCAUCUCGGCGAGCCCAUCGACGAGGCAGAGCGUGUGCGGGAAAGGGAGUACGCCGACAAGCUGCGGAAACGUGUCUGCGAGGAGUUCCUGCUGCGCCAGGAUGAGGUAACGCCCCUGUUGGAGAACGUCACCUUCGAGGCCUACGUGCAGCGGAUGAGCGAGUGGCAAACCUGGGGUGACGAGAUCUGCCUGAAGUUCCUCCCGGAUGUGGUGAAGCGACCGCUGCAAGUGUACUCCUGUAACUGGGAGAAGCAGGAGCUCUUUGAUGCUGGGCUUUACAUCCCUUCGAAGAAGGAGUACCACGGCAAAGAGUGCAUCGUUCUCCUCCACAAUGGAAAGUCUCAUUUUGAUUUGGUGUCCACCGAGUGGCUUCUUGCUCAUGCUCGCGAAAGGGCGGCAGCAGCUAUCCAGGCUGCCUAUCGCCACUACCGUGAGACCACUGAGGUGGUUGCAAAGGCCCUGGUCUCGCACCUCCACAGCCCUCCACCUGCACCUCCCUCGGCCGAGCGCCUGCAAAGUGCAGCAACGCUGGUUCGCAGCAUCGUCCGGCGCUACCAAGCCAAGGAGCAGCUUGCAACUCUGGAGUUGGAGCAGGCAGAGAUGGAGCGACAGCACCAGCUUCAGGUGGCUGCUGCGAAGACCAUCCAGUCCGUCGUUCGAUGCUUUCAACUCCAGCAGCAGCUGCAGGACUUGGUGGCCAUGUGCCGGGGUUCGAUCGCUUGGCAGGGUGCCUGCAGGCGUUUCUCGGCACAGGCCACGCUACUAAGCGCUUGGGACGAACAUCAGAAGCGGCGAAGUGCCGCUGCGGUGCGGCUUCAGGCAGCUCAGCGUUCCUUCCGGGCUCAGCGCGAGCUCGCCCGGCGCAAGGCAAUGCGGGAUGGCUUGCUACUCCUGGGGCCAAAGGAGAUCAGCUGCGUACGCCUCUUCCAACGCAGCGGUCGCCGAUACCUGGCUUGCCUGGUGGUGUUGGAGGCGGAGCGACACCGCAACGCCUGCGCUCGCCGCAUCCAGGCGCUGUGGCGAGGGCACCGAUGCCGAGAAGCGGUGAGAGAGACCUUGGACGCCUGGCGCAAGCGCCGGAAUCUCAUAGACUUCAGCUUGUCUCUCGCGGGGAGGGCACAAAGGUUCAUGCUGUCGUGCCAUGUGGUACCCACGCUGUCCUGCCUCAGCGAUGAUGAGAGGCAGCUGAUUCUGAGUUUCGUGCUCGGGGAUUUGACCUGCUAUCCACGAGUGGCCGCCAUCGACAGUAGAUUCUUCCUGGCCUGCACUUCCUUGGGCUCCUGGCGAGAAUCUGUGAUCGAGAUUCCCCGCAAGUGGGCUCUCAAGCAGGAGUGCCUGGAUCAGUUGCUUAAGCUCUCGAGCAGCUGGCAGCUGGCGCAGAAGGUGGUGCUCCCUCCGUUCCCCCAACGGCAUCGCUUGCAGGACCAGCUGGCCAAGGACUGCCCUAGCCUGGUCUUGGCGCCAUCUGGAGAAGGACCCUACAUGCUCUUCGUCAUGGGCUGCAACUUAGUCAUUGGAGCCAGGAUGUCUCUCCACUUCUUCGAACCUAGAUACCGAUGGAUGUGCCGAAGACUCUUCGCAGGGGAGCCCCCCUACAUGUUCGGAUUUGUGACGCAUGGCAGAGCCAAAGAAGGUUCGCGCGGCGUGCUUUGUCAGGCCACAGACUGGAUCAACAACAGCAACGGCACUUACGACGUUCAGAUCAGGGCCGAGGCCACCUUCAUCUUGACGGAGGUCUGGCACCAGGAUCUUCCGCACAGCUCCCCCCUUGCGCUCGGGUUCGUCGACAUCACUUCAGGUGGAGCUCCUCAGCGAGGAAGCAGCCCACGGGUGCUGUCGUCCAGGAGCUCUGGACGACGGUGCUUCCCGUUGCCUUCCCUCCGCAGAUUGCUAUCUGGCCUGUGGACUGGCUGCCCACGUCGAACAUAA